AUGCCUCAUGAAUCACAGAAGUCUCCCCCGGACAACGAAGCAGACGGAGGGCUCACAUCCUCCAACGCCAUGAAUAUGAAAGCGACCUCAGUCGUCAGGAUUGUCGAGAUAGUGCCCCCUGAAACCCCGAAAUCGACUCGACCAGGAUACACGACUCACGGCUCGGCGACAUCAGUGGAAAGCGGGACGUCCUCUGACCCAUUCGCGGAUGAUACAUGGAGUAGCAUUAGGUCAAACGACAAAGGUGUCUUAUGGAGCACCAGCACUCCAAUCACACCCCCGACCACUAGAGGGAGCGACAAGCCGACGUUGGUCGCCAGCCCUGAGUCUCCAUUAGCACGAAAGAUAAAAUCUACACCGGGUGUUGUUGGAGAUGCUACAGGAGAAUACAGCACUCACGGGCAACAUAGCGAGCCGUGUGAACCUCGAUAUAAAAAGAUAUUCCGAAACGCAACACUACCAAUGGAAAAUUUGAAUGCUGCUCGUGAGGCCCUUAUUAAGGCUUCCAAGUUGGAGUUCUACAGUCAACCAAAUACCUCAUUCGGAUUCCAGAGCAACGAGGAUACCACCACUGCAACGACAAAUGGGCAUACAACAAGCGUUAGUCAGGGGGCUGGGAAAAGAGUAACUGCGACCCGAAAAGGGAGAGCUGCUUUUAGCGAUGUCCUUGAUGCUAUCUUGCCGUCCACAUUGCAGCAAAGAAUCUCCGAGAGCAUCAAUUCCAGGAAAUGUAUUGCUUCACUUGUCAAGAACCCCGGUAAAAAGUGCAAUUGGUCAGCGAAAAAAUCGCAGGAGGCUCCAAAACGGCUGGAGAUACUGGCCAGCAGCCUUGCACACAAGGACUAUGACACUUUUCUCCCCAAUCUUGAAUCAUUGCUUGCAUCGGUUCUCUGUGGGACUCACUACAACUCAGCCAUGCAGCCAGGAAAAUUUGGGAGCCUAGAGAGGUUCGUUCAACAGCUUUUGCAAGCAGAAAGCUUCACCAUUGCAUCUUCAAACGUCUUGUUCGACUCCGAGCAUGCCUCAUUCCUUACAUGGGCUGAUACUAUUUGCAAGAUAAAGCUGGAUAUUCGUCACGAUGCCUACAUUAAACCCGAAACGGCCACCGCAGAAGAACUACAGAUAACGGGGAUUUCCACACCAACAGAAAAGCCCACAGUCUCGGCAGCCUCCAAGGCGGUGCUGGGGUGUAUUAUCCCUUUUGAGAUCCAUCAAAGGAUCGCUGAUGAUGCCAGUAAAUGUGUCGCCUCUUUACCAAAGAAGCCGGGGCAGAAGUGUGGGAAUGCGGCAAAGGGACCCAAAAACGUUCAGCAGUUCCUUAAUGCCCUAACGAAAGCACACAAACAACAUGACUACCAGUCAUUUCUAACCUGGCUUGCUAGUCUCACUGCGUCAGCCCUGUGCGGUGUUCAUAUUAAGCCUGCUGAAAAACGAUCUGAGACGAUCAAAGAGUUGGUUCAAAGACGAUUAGAAUCUAAGUCGAAUCAUUCCCUUAUUACAGUCGGUAGCGUCAGCUGGGAUGAUUUCACUACUUGGGCCGAAAUCAUCUGCAACUCAACUGAAACUUCCGAGUGCGACACCAGUUCUGCUAUCAAGGCCGAGAAGAAAGCGGAAACCCCCAGUGAUAUAACAACCCCUCCUAGAUCUAAGGCAGAAGUGAAGUCGCAAGAUAGGGAAGACAGCCAUGUCGAAGUUCCGAUUCAGAGACCGAACCCUGUGAAACGCGUGACCUCGAUUCCACUAGCUGCUCAGAAAACCAAAGCUUUGAAAAAUAACGAGCCGUCGGAACCAGAUGUUGCGGAUUCGCCUCUUUCGGAUAUACCGCUUAGACAUCAAUCUUCACUGCCUUCUACAUGGGACAUUUCCCCACUUGGAAAAUUUCGGCCCUGGCAACCAAAGAGGACUAAGGGAAAAUCCGUCGGUCAAGUCCUGCAAGAUCUUGUCCGGAAAGAUCUUUCGGCAUAUGAAUUGAAAUCUGGAUACAUUUACAUCUUCUGGUUGAAGGGUAAGUUCGGCCUCCUGAAGAUUGGAUUUACGAAAAACGUGGAUCGGCGUUUGAAGCAAUGGGCCAAACAAUGUAAGCAGGAAUACCAACUCCACAAACGCUCCUGGGCAGGAGAACUUGUUCAUAUACCUCAUGUCAGCCGCGUGGAGAAACUCAUCCAUGCCGAAUUCAAGGAUAUCCGGAUGGUAAUGACGUGCGAAGGGUGCGGCAAGGAACACAAGGAGUGGUUUCAAAUACCCGAGAAGCAGGCAGUGAAAGUCUUUCAGAAAUGGAAGGACUGGGUGCUGCGGUCUCCUUAUGGCGAAUCUACUGGAGCCUGGAAACUGAAGCCUGAAUUUGCAAAGGAGCUUGAACAAGUUUGCCGUCCUCUGGAUCCAGUGUCGACGAAUAAACCUUCACUUCGGCCGAAAAAUGCGACCCGCAGGUCGAGCAGAAGACUGGGAAAGCGGAAGUCGAACGCCUAA